ACGGAUGGUUUGUCUCAGAUAUGUGUAAAAAAUAUUCUAAUUUUUUGAUCAGGUGUUACUAGUACCAAGCAUUGUAAGAUGGUAGAUUUCGUAACUGUGUCGAGCAACGUGCUCAGCAAUGUAACCGAUGAUGAUAUAACACGCAAAUCUUUACUUUACGAUUUUGGCGAGAAUGAUGCCGCUUUUAUUAUGAUCUGUGCAUUCCUGUUGGUAGCUCUACAGACGGGAUUUGCUUUGCUUGAAUCUGGAUGCGUUAGUGCCAAAAAUGAAACCGAUAUGAUGCUGCGAAAUGUUAUUGAUAUUGUUCUUGGCGGGAUUUCGUUUUGGUUGUUUGGAUAUGCCUUUAUGAUGGGGAGGAGUGAAUACAAUAAUCCAUUUUUUGGAUUAGGAGAUUUCGUUAUCGAUACCUCAAUAGCGGAUCCAUUGAUGGGUCAGAUUAUGGUAGUGUAUCUCUUCCAGAUGACAUUUUCAGCUUCUGCUACAACUAUUGUCGGAGGAGCUGUCGCCGAAAGGUGCAAUUUCAAAGCAUAUUGCUUAUUUUCAUUCCUCAAUACUAUUGUUUAUUGCAUUCCUGCUGGAUGGGUUUGGGGUGAGCAUGGUUUCCUGAGUAAAUUAGGCGUAGUUGAUAUCGCAGGAAGUGGCCCAGUUCACCUUGUUGGAGGAGCUUCGGCAUUCGCGUCAGCUAUAAUGCUUGGCCCCCGACUUGGACGGUAUGCUAAGGGCUUAGACCCCUUGCCAUUGGGAAAUCCAGUCAAUGCUUGCAUGGGACUAUUUGUUUUGUGGUGGGGAUGGCUUGCGUUCAAUUCAGGUAGCACAUAUGGAGUUAGUGGAGCUAAAUGGGUCUAUGCUGCUCGAGCCGCUGUAAUGACAAUGAUGGGUUCAUUUGGCGGUGGAUUUUUUAGCAUUUUAUACUCAAUGUUUCGUAACGAAGGUCGCUUAGAUAUUGUGGAUCUUAUCAACGGAAUAUUGGCAUCAUUGGUAUCGGUUACAGCAGGUUGUUUCUUGUACCACGCAUGGGAAUCUAUUGUUAUUGGAAUUGUUGGUUCGGCCUUAUGCUGUUUAAGUAUGCCCCUUUUAGACAAAAUGGGUGUCGAUGAUCCAGUUGGUGCGAGCGCAGUUCAUGGAGUAGCUGGAAUUUGGGGUGUUUUAGCAGUGGGUUUGUUUGCCGAUAAUCCUCUACCGCUCGCUACAACAAAUGGGAGGCUGGGACUGUUGAAAGGAGGCGGUUGGUAUCUACUUGGUGUUCAAUCGCUAUCAGCUUUAUGCUUGGCUUCUUGGUCAAUAUGUACAACACUAGCACUUCUGUGGAUUAUUAACAAAAUAGUGCCAAUCAGAAUGGAUCCGAACGAAGAGCUCUUAGGUGCCGAUCUAAUGGAACAUCGUAUUAGACAUUCUCAAAUUGGAAUAUCAAGAGCUAUAUCUGCGUUAGCACCUUUGAAGAUUGAUUUGGAGGAUGUUAUAGAUGCUCCAUCUGUUGGACGAAACCCAGGACACGAUCAAUGCGUGGAUGAGAUUCGAGCGGCUAGCAAAAAACUGUAUGAAUGGCGAUCCUUCAUGGAUAGAAUGUCUCCACAGAAGAAAUCUAACGAGCAUAAAACUUCUGAAAAUGUUUCUACGCGAAAGGAUUCUUUCAAGCUUCGUAGUUUGAACCGAACAAAUAAAACCGAUGGCAUGUUAUAUGCUGAUAAUUUUGGUUUUGACGGUAAAUUUACCAACAAAGUGACGAGUAAUAAACCAUUUGUGAUUACUGGAACAACUGAAGGUAGUGCCCAACAAGAUCGAGUAGAUCAAAAUUUUGCAUGGAUUGACUAAAUAAUUAAUAUUUUGUUAUACAUAUUAUUAUUUAA